AUGGAGACGGCGAUGUCACCGCGGAGGCACGACCUGGUGUGCAUCGUGUGUUUCGGGAGCUACGAUCUGGCGGCGCGGUUGCCGCGGCGACUGCACUGCGGCCACGCUUUCUGCCAGGCGUGUCUGAAGAGACUCGACACGGUCAUCAACGAGCAAGUGUGGAUCCCGUGUCCUCAGUGUCGGCAGAACACCCCCCGGCCGAGGGGGGGCGCUGCUGGUCUGGACCUGGACCUGGCGUCCUUCCUAGCGGUGAAGCAGGGCACCAGGGAGGGGCCACCGGCCGCCAGCGAUGCCCAGCUCGGGAAGCUCUGGCUGGGGAAGGACAGCCCCGAAGACCCCUGGUCACACGGAGGGCUGGCCCAGCCACGCUUCCAUCGCUACGCUAACUGCUGCCCCCCGGCAUCCUAUUGGCUCUGCUGCUGGGUCUGCUGCAGGGGGCGGAGCUAGGACCGACCAAUGAGAGUGCUGAAUGGAGAUUAUUCUGUAAAUAAACUGUAGCGUGUUA